AUGUCUGUCUCUCAAAUCCUCUGUGAGAACAUGAUCAGCACUCAACAGGUCCGCUCACGCUCUGCAAGCGUCUCUAGCCAGUUGUCUGUUACGCUGCGUUCGACCAAGUCGACAGAGACCACGGAAGAGGCCUUUGCAGCAGAUCAUGUGUCACAGUUCCCCAAGGAAGUCACGGGCAGCUUUGUCUGGUCUGGUGCAGAUGCCUCCGCACCCAUUCACCAUGUCAUUCAGCUUGACGGGGCUGAUGUGCUCGAGAUUGAGAAUGCGGUUGCCUCCUUCAAGGCUCAGGAACUCCACGGUGAUAAAGUUAGCUGCGAAACCUUUCCUCUCUCGGACAACCUGAGUGCCCGACUCCGUGAGGCGUCCGAUGCCAUACACAACAAGCAGGGCUUCUGUCUUUUGAGGGGCCUUGAGGCUUCCAAGUACUCUCAUGAGGACAACACCUUGAUCUACCUGGGAACUGCGAGCCAUAUCGGCAAUGUUCGAGGAAUCCAGGACAGCAAUGGAAACAUGUUGAGUCAUGUCACGUCAGCCAAGGCGUGGGAGUCUCUUCCUGACAGGCUUCGUCAUGGCGUUCACACCAACAAGAGCAUGCCAUUCCACAGCGAUAUGGGUGCCGACAUCCUCUGCCUGCACUACCGUCAAGUGGCCAAGGAGGGUGGCUUCAUCCAUCUGUCCUCGGUUUCUACCAUUUACAACGAGCUUGCUGCCAACUACCCCAAUGUCCUCGAGGUGUUGGCCACCCCGAACUGGCCCAUCCAGAUUACCAAAACCCGUCUUCGCCAUUUCCUGGCGUCUCUCAUCUCGUACCAUGAUGGCAAGGUCAUGGCAAGCCUCGACCCUGGCCGCCUGGGCCGACAACAGGCCAACCCGGAGCAUGUCCCCAACAAGGCUAGCACAGGCGCAGGAUCCUCGCUAUUCCGGGUGCCCACCCUCACCCAGGUACAGCGCGACGCCCUGGCUGUCUUUGACCAGCUGGCUCACAAGCACAAGAUCUCUGUCGGCGCGCAGGCCGGUGACAUUCUCUUCGUCAACAAUCUGGCGUUAGUGCACGCGCGUGAUGCCUACACCGAUGAAGAGGCCGCGGGAGGUCAGCGCCGCCACGCCGUCCGCAUGUGGCUCCACGAUGAGAAGCUCGCCUGGUCGCGCCCGGCGGGCAUGCGGGCACCGUGGCUCGCCGCGUUCGGCUACCACUUCAAGCCGCAGGGCUCCAUGGGCGACGCUGCAGAGGAUGAUAACUCUGCACGGGCUCGCCGCAUCGUCAAUCGCAAGUACCCCAUCGUCCCCGCUGCCGACUACCGUAUCCCCAAGUACACGGCUGGCUCUGCUGCGUUUGUGCUAGACAGCAGCGACGACGAGGCUGAGUACCUCGACGAUGACAGCGACUUUGAGUGA